UGCUAUAUAUUUUUAUUCAACGCUUUUUAAAGUUUCCUUUAUACGUAUUGGGAUCAAACACUCAAAUACCAUCAAAAUUAAUAUACAAUUUAAAGAGGAUUUAUUUUUUACAAAGAAGAUUUUAAUAAGAAAAAUGUCGACAUUACGAGCUGCAUAUUCUGCAAAUUCAAAAGCGAAUAAAUUUUUAAAUUCGAGUAAUGCGAAAAUUGAAAUAAAAUUUCUGAGAUAUUAUUCACCAGAUGAAAAAAAACAAUUGAAAGGCAUUGUGAUUGGUUUAUAUGAGAAAGAAGAUGAUAAAGGACCAAAACUCACAACGAGCGCCGAGAAAUUUGAUGAUCGAGUUCAAGGAAAAAUAUCGGAACUUGUCAAAGAAUAUAAUCUGUCUGGAAAGGUAGGCAGAUAUAAAAUUUUUAAUAAUAUUGAUCCAGAAUAUCGUUCUGCAAUUGUUGUCGGUUGCGGCCGUGAAGAUAUCGGUUUUAAUGAAUUAGAAUUUAUAGACGAAGGAAUGGAGAAUGUGCGUGUAGCUGCAGGCAUUGGAGCACGACGUUUACAAGCAUUGGAUAUGACAGAAGUUCAUAUUGACUCUAUGGAAUAUCCCGAGCAAGCUGCUGAAGGUGCAUCUUUAGGUAUAUGGCGAUAUCAAGAAUAUAGAAAUAAAAAAGACAGAGAAGGCUUACCAAAGCUAGAACUUUAUGAUUCACCUGACGUGGAUGCUUGGACGCGAGGCUUAUUUAAAUCAGAGGCACAAAAUUUAGCUCGACGCUUAAGUGACACACCAGCUAACCAAAUGACUCCUACCACCUUCGCGCAAUCAGCGGUUGAUGCGUUAUGUCCAUGUGGUGCAUCUGUUGAGAUACGCACAAUGGAUUGGCUUGAACAGCAGCAAAUUAAUUCAUUUUUAAUGAUAGCGAAGGGUUCAUGUGAACCUCCGGUGAUGUUAGAAAUUCAAUACUGUGGCACUUCACCAGAUGAUAAACCAAUUAUGCUACUUGGUAAAGGAAUAACCUUUAAUAGUGGAGGAAUAAAUCUACGUCAUCCGAAUGGUAUGGACGAAUAUCGAGGUUCAAUGGCUGGUGCAGCUGUUGUAUUAGCAACAAUGCGUGCAGCUGCAGCACUUUCUUUACCCAUAAAUAUUAGUGCAAUAAUUCCAUUAUGUGAAAAUAUGCCGUCAGGCAUGUCAGUAAAACCUGGCGACAUUGUGACGCUGCUAAAUAGAAAAACUAUGGCCGUACGGGAUGUAGAUAAAGCUGGAGUUGUCGUUAUGGCUGAUCCAAUGCUUUAUGGGCAAAGUCAAUACAAGCCGCGCUUAGUAAUUGAUGUUGCCACACUCAGUUAUGGCGUUCAGAAGACAUUAGGAGGUGGCGCUACGGCUAUAUUCUCUAAUUCGCAUUAUAUUUGGAAGCAAUUCCAAAAAGCUGGCUCUCUAACUGGUGACAGAAUGUGGCGAUUUCCGUUAUGGCGUUUUUAUAAAAAACUUGUAACCGAGCAUGUUAGUUUCGAUAUAAGCAAUAAUGGUAGUGGGCCUGCGUCAGGCUGUCUGGCAGCUGCUAUAUUAAAUGAGCUAGUGCCAUGCGUAGACUGGGCUCAUUUAGAUAUAAGGGGCGUGGGCAUGUUAUCACGUUUUGGUGUGAUACCUUAUCUGCGAAAAGAUCGUAUGACCGGUCGUCCAACGCGCACGCUUAUACAAUUCUUAUAUCAAAUGGCUUGUCCAGAUAAACAAAAAACAAUGUGAAAAAAUUACAGAUGUUUAUAGAUACAAUUUUACUUUAUCUAUUAUAUAUUUUUAAUA